AAUUAAUUGAAAAGAAAAAAGAAAUCAAAUUCAGACAACAUUUGCUUCUUUCCUUAUCCAACUCCUAUGAUUCUUUGACUUGUUUUUUGGUUUUUUAACAUUAAAAAGAACCAUUAAAUAAAUAAAAAAUUACCCAUUUCUGCCAAUUUAGGCAAACUUCUCCAAUUCUCAUGAAAACCUUUCAUUGACUUUAUAAUUUGGUUUUUCGAAGAAUGUAAGAACAACCCUUUUUCAAUUCUUCUCUUUAGCAUUAGUUUUGAUCCAUUUUUUGGAAUUUUUUUUAUUGGUCAACAUCAUGUAUGAUGCAGACGAAAAGUUUUUCAAAGGCCCCUUUUUUCAUUGAGAUUAUCUCAUUUUCGACUGAAAAGCCAAAUACUUUUCAAUAUUAAGGAACUGAUAAAUGGGUGUUUCCAGAUAAUAGCAGUGAUUAAUGAUUAGGAUCUUCAAUUUGGAGGAUGGAGAUGUCUACCCAGCAUGGAAAUUCUAAUCCCAAAUCUUCUUCUGGGUCAGGCUCUUGCUUAUAUGAUCUCUUAUGUUCAGAAACACCAAGUUGGAAUCGAGUAAGUGAUGCAGAGACAUCAUCUUCAAUUCAGAGAAAGGACACAUGGAAAUCCACUGGUCCGCGAAGAAGGUUGGAGAGUUUGUUGCAUGAGUCUGGGAAUGGGAUUUGUGCAGAUUGUGGAUCCCCAGAUCCAAAAUGGGUAUCUGUAAGUCUUGGAGUAUUUAUUUGUAUCAAAUGCUCUGGUGUUCAUAGAAGCCUUGGAGUGCAUAUAUCAAAGGUUUUAUCAGUGAAGCUAGAUGAAUGGACAGAUGACCAAGUUGAUUCCCUGGUAAAUUUGGGUGGCAAUACUGUAGCAAACAAUAAGUAUGAAGCUUGCCUUCCUGAUAACCUCAAAAAGCCCAGACCAGAUUCCUCCAUUGAGGAGCGCUCUGAUUUCAUUAAGAGAAAAUAUGAGAUGCUGCAAUUUUUGGAUGGAAAUGAACAAAUGAUCUGCCCCUACCCACCUCAUCAGAAAACUUCAUCUUCAACUCCACACUGUUCUGCAGGCCAACAUUUUACCCAAGAAAAAAAACAGUGUGAGAAACAACCAACCAGACAUCGUAUAGGGCACAAAUUUAGAAACAGCUGGGGAAGAAAAGAUUCUGAGCACAAGUCCACUAAGAAGAGCAACUCAUUGGCAGGUAUGGUUGAAUUUAUUGGCCUGGUUAAGGUGAAUGUGGUUAAAGGCACCAACCUAGCUGUUCGGGAUAUGAUGACUAGCGACCCAUAUGUGAUUCUUGCAUUGGGUCAACAAUCUGUGAAGACCCGCGUCAUAAAGAACAACCUAAAUCCAGUCUGGAAUGAAAGCCUAAUGUUGUCCAUUCCGGAAAACAUUCCUCCUUUAAAAGUGCUUGUGUAUGAUAAGGAUACUUUCUCAACUGAUGAUUUUAUGGGGGAUGCCGAGAUUGACAUUCAACCGCUGGUUGCUGCUGCCAAAGCCUGUGAGAACUCGGAGCUUCGGGAAUCAAUGCAGCUUGGGAAAUGGGUAGCAAGCAAAGACAACACCCUAGUUAAAGAUGGUAUCAUCACCUUAGUAGAUGGAAAAGUAAAACAGGAAAUCUCUCUUAGGCUACAAAAUGUUGAGAGAGGGGUGCUAGAGAUUGAGCUCGAAUGUGUUCCCCUAACUCAAUAGCUGUCAAAAAGACUCAGGUACAUGUUGGGAUGUCAAAAUUCCACUUCUAUCCACUUUGAAUGGAUAAUGUAAUUUAGGAAACAUUGUCUAGGUUAAGUAUGCCUUCCCGGAGGUUUUUGUCCCACUUUGAAUGUUCAAGAUGAUGCAUGCAAAUGCAUUUUGAAUAUUUA